AUGUCUUCAUCUUCUUCUUCAACGUGGUAUUCGUCAUCUUCAGGUGAAAGCGAAGCAUUUUUUUCAAACGUCAUUAUCUACGCAGCUCAGAUGAUCAUGGAGGAGGAUGAAGAGGCUGAAACGUCGUCACAUCGGCAAACUAGGAGAGCGGCCUUAAAGCGAGACCGAGAAGCCGGCCAUGAUAAUUUAGUGGCCGAUUAUUUUGCCGACAUACCUGUGUACACGGACGAGAUGUUUCGACGUUGGUUCCGAAUGAGUCAUCGACUGUUCUUACGUAUCGCAGACCACUUGGCCAAGUCUGAUCCGUUUUUCACACUGCGAUACGAUGCUAGGGGCCAAAGGGGAUUCACUACUUUACAGGAAUGUACAUCGGCCAUUCACCAACUGGCAUACGGGUACGCACCCGAUUCGUUGGACGAGAAUUUAAGGAUGUCCGAAAGAACCGCACGUGAAUACAUGCACAGGAUCUUUGGAUUGACAUGCUUUUUUGGUGUACCUGGUUCACUUAAUGACCUUAACAUCAUCUACCAGUCACAGACAUUUGAUGAUAUAGUGGCAGGAACAGGUCCAGCACUAGUUUUACGGUUUCGGGGGUGGAAUACAGGCGGGGUUACUACCUUGCGGAUGGAAGAUACCCAACGUACUCUACAGUCGUUGAAACUAUUUCGCACCCGACAGACGAUAAAAGAAAGAAAUUUGCGAAGUUUCAAGAGGGGGCGACAAAAGAUGUUGAACGGUGUUUUGGGGUUCUACAAAAAAUGGCAUAUCAUUGAAUAUCCAGCACGUCCUGCUACACUAAAGAGGUUGCGACACAUUAUGUACGCUGGUAUCUUGUUGCAUAACAUGAUCAUCGAAGACGAAGGUAGAGCGAUUUGUGACUACAACGAAAACGCGUCUAACGGGAAGUCUGUUCCAGUCAGUUUGGAACAACAAGAUUUAAACGGAUUCUCUCUAUGUAACGAGUAUACACAUCAAAAUCUACAAGCGGACUUUUGUGGAGUACAUUUGGAACAACGCACAAAACGAACCUAA